UUUUCUCCCACCCACCAUGAAUGCCAAGCCUGUCAAUCACACUAACAACAACAAAAUACAUAUGGGACAGUUUAAGGAGGAAGAGCAGACAUGAGAAACUGCUUCUUUAACUUGCUUGGAAUCAACUCCAAUGUGUGCCUGGGAGAAGAAAAAUGAGUAUGUGUACAAUAUGUCAAAACCCACAAGCAAGUCAAAUGCAAUCUGAAGGCAGAACCAAGCAGCUGAGUCAAGGAGUUCAAGAAGCAUGGCCACAAAACUACCAUCUCAAGACGAAUUUCAGAACUGGACAACUUUUCAAGUUGCAGAUCUCCUAAGACAGUUUGGAAUGCCUGAAUCUGCUGUGGUUGUAGAAAAACUGCACAUGAAUGGAUCUCAUUUCUUGAAUAUAUCAGACUAUGAGCUGAGCCGAUUCAAAAUAAUGCACCAGCCGAAGCUUCAAAAGAUGGUGCAUGACAUCAAGAAAAAUGAAAGUGGGAUAAUAAACAAGUUCAAAAAGUUCCAAAAUGAACAAGUGGCCUUAAUUUGCAAAACUGGGAAAGAUACUUGGGAUCGCCUUAAAAAAAAGCCACCACCAAGUCUACCACAAAGGGAUUAUGCUACAGAACAUGCAGACAAUGAAGAGGAACAAUGGUCAGAUGAUUUUGACAGUGAUUAUGAAAAUCCAGAUGACCACUCUGACUCUGAGAUGUAUGUGGUCCCCAGUGAAGAGAAUCCUGAUGACAGCUAUGAGCCACCUCCAAGUGAGAAGGAGAAAAAGAAGAUUCCCUCUGCUUUUCCUAUUUCUAGGGGUGAAUAUGCAGACAAUCGCACCAGUCACCAGCAGCUUCCUCCCAUCAACAAACCUCUUCCAAGUACACCCAGUCCAGCCAUGUCCAGACCAAAGAAACCAUGUGUGCCAUCCCUGCCACUGCCGUCUCCUGCUGCAAAACCAAAAGUACCACCAAAGCCUAAGGAGUGUAGUGAUGAUGAGGAUAAUUACAUUGUGCCAGUGGACAAUGAUGACGAUAACUAUAUUGAACCCACAGAAAGCAGCAUGUCACUACCUACAAAAUCUCCUGGGAACAGAUUUAUGAAGACAACAAAGCCAGGCCCCCCUACUUCUCCAAAGCCUUCUCUUACUUCUGAUAUGCAAGAAGUCUAUGAGGUUCCUGAAGAAGAGGAAAAACCAUCACCACCACCACCGGUAGCCAGGUUCACUAAGCCACUUCUGUCUAUGCCUGCUAAGAAUACAGAGCACUCCCACAUGCACAGUAUGACCAGAGAGCCACCUAAACAGGAGACUUGCAGAAAUAUUUUGCCUCUUCCCAGAAGCCGUCUUCAUCCAAAACCAGACCACGAAGCAAACAAUAAUGAUGAGAGUCAGAGAUUCAAUAACACACAAGAAUCCAGAUUUCUGCCUGGAGCAACUCCAUCUCCAUUACCAAGGGGCCUCAAGAAAACUUCUAAUGUGGUAAAUUCACCAAAACCAUGUUUACCUUCCAGAGAGAUCUUAACUGCAAAUGAAGAAAAACCUACAGCAGCAGAACGACGACGAAGUUCCAAUCAAGAGCUUCCACUUCCACCCCUUCCAAGUGGUGCACAGAAACCUCUGCUCCAAAAGUUCUCAAUUCUGCCAAAAGUGCCAGAAGCUGCAAACCGUUCUCUGGGCCCUUCCCCUCAAAGCAGCACUUCAUCUAUCACAAGUUCUGCAGACCAGGAUGCUGGUGUUCACAGUAAAGCAUGGUAUGCUGCUACCUGUGAUAGGAAAAUGGCAGAAGAUGCAUUGUACCGAUCAAACAAGGACGGAUCUUUUCUAAUAAGAAAGAGUUCUGGACAGGACUCACAGCAACCAUACACACUGGUUGUGUUUUACAACAGAAGAGUGUACAACAUUCCUAUACGAUUUAUUGAAUCAACGAGACAAUAUGCACUGGGCAGAGAAAAAAGUGGUGAAGAGCGCUUUGACAGUGUUGCUGAAAUAGUAGAGAAUCAUCAGCGCACCUCCCUGGUUCUAAUUGACAGCCAAAACAACACAAAAGACUCAACAAAACUGAAACACGUUGUAAGAGUUUCUUAAUCAAACUGAACUGCUAAAAUGAAGUCUUCUUUAAUCAUUUCUUUCAACAUCUGAAGACAUGGACAAGGUACUAAAAGAAGAAAAUCCAAAAUAAUGGAAAACUUUAAGAGCACCUACUGAGUAGUAAGAGAUGCAGUUCAUAGAGUUCAACCCUACAUCACUUUUAUCAGAAAAGUGUUCACUUUUAACACAAGAAGCCAAAGCAGAUGUACUCUCAUCUGUGAUUUCCAUCUGGGACAACACAGGUAUCCAAAGUCAGGCGAAGAACAACUGCAUAUCACAGCCUGGUCCUUUGACUGCUAUUUAAAGACAAAUAUCCUGUAGGACAUUUUCAUUUUGAAAACAAGAAUACUCACUGCUUUUUCAAUUUGUUUACCACAGAUCACUGCUUUCAGCAAUUUCUUUGUAAAGUGCACAGCCCCAGAAAUUAGACCAAAUCGACCUAAUGUACCACCGUGCACAAGUUGACUGUAUUUUAUGUGAUCAGUGGCUGCAGAGGUGCCUGAAUGUUACAGAUUAAUGGACAUGUGUUGUCCUUUCCCUCAGCUUUACCCUGUUUCAUUGAUAUUUUUGUUUAUAUUUUCAAAUGUGCAAAUAAAAUAAAAAAUAUUGUAAAGUCAGUAGUGUAUAGACAUUGCUGGAUCUCAUCUCUUGGUAUCUUUCCAGCAAGAAAGCACCAAUUCACUGUUGUUGAUGUUUUAAUGUAUAUAUUUGUAUGUGCUCCUUCACGAGUUGUUAUGAAAACCAUCCCUUUUUACAGCUUUUGCAUGUAUUAUAUAUUUGGCUUAAUGGCUCUCAAAUCUUUUGUCUUCAGAUUACCUACUGUUGGUGAUUCAAGUGCACUGCUUCAUUGCUAAAGUAAUUAACCACUCUAUUCUUGCAGAAUUAUUGUUUAUGGACACACACACAAAAAUCCACUCGUUUUUUCAGGCCUGUUCUAUCACCAUGCUUUACUUAUUGUAUUAUUGUGUGAACCAAGUAAAUUUGCACAAUGUUCAAGGGGUAAAAAUUAAUUUGAUGAAUGUAUAAACUGCAUCAAUGAAAAACUUUUAGGAACACUUGUUAAUUAGUUCUAGAGAUGUUUGAUUUCACUGGACCUGAAAACUCAUCCAUCUUAAAGGUAUUUUCCAAAAUUGUCACUUUAUACUCACGUUUUGUUCUUUUUGUUCCAGGUUAGGCAGUAUUUUCUAGGAUUAUCUGCAAGGCAUUUAAGGCAAAAUUGAGUCAAGACUUGUAAAGUCCCAGCAAGACACUUAGAGCCAUAUUGUAGCUGUAUUCUGCAACUACCUUCUUGUGCCUUUGAUCAGUUACUUCUACAAGUAAUGCACCUGUCUUCUAGAAAGAACUGCAUGCUAGUAUGAUGUUCAGCAUCUCAGUGUCUUCCCUCUGCAACCCAGGCGAUACUUAGCCCAGAUGUAAAGCAAGUAAUACACUGGCAAGUAAUAAUGUAUACAGACUUUACACAAGCCUGGCUACGACAGUCUGUUCACAUUACUAUAUAAAUGCUAUGUUUAGUACAUCGCUCAUACCUGUGUAAUGUUUAGAGCAUUAAGAUUGCCAAGUCAAGGUCUCAAAAUUAACAAAAGUUAGUAGUUCCUGCAAGUUUAAUUUAUUCCUUCUAUAUGUGUACUCAUAUUAUUUAGCUACUUUAAGCAUCACCUUAAAAGUUUACUCACAAUGGAAAGUACUCUGUGAAAAAGCAGCUACUCAAAAUUUAAGUAGAGUCCUUGUCUAUUCACUCAUGUAUUGCACAGUAUUUAAACUUUGUACUAACAAAACUGUCUGCCUGCUAACCUUUCUAUGUUGCUCCUCACAAAUGUCUAACUUCUUCAAAGACUGCCUUCUGAGUUAAGUGUGUAGUACCACCAUCAUUCUAGAACUGCAGGGGGGAAAAAGAUACAAACAAGUGAAAUUCAAGCGUAGGUACAGACUUCCAUAUGAGAGAUUAAGUAUCUAUUUUUUAAGGUAAUUAGCACUUCUGAGCACUUUAAAGCACUGCUGCUCCUGUCUACGGGCUCUAAGUGCUCAGCACUACAUGUAACAUUGUUGCUGACUUACAAAUAACAAGUAUGCUCUAGGCAAAGGUGCAGUUACAUUCACUCUCAAACCCUUCUUUUCCUUUUAUCCUGUUCUACAUGAUUACAGGGGUACCAUAUAGUUUUGACAACAAAAUUAGGCAGGGAGUUGAUAGGCAAUACCACCUUCCACAAAAUAAUCCGUUCAGCCUGAGAACAUCCUAGGCACAAAAUAAGGCUCUACAGGGGAAAAAAAAACCAAACCACCAAAUGCACAAACCUACCACUAUGGGAUCACCUAUUUUACUAUACUCAGUGUUUUAUACAGGAAGAAAGGAAUGUUUCCUAGAUUCUGGACAUAAAAUAAAUUGGCCCUCAAGAUGAAGUAUGGUAUAUCAGAAAUCCCAGUGCUGUGGAUCGAGCAGCCAUUACAGAAUGAAUUAGAUGGAUGUGCAUGGAUAAAGUGAUACAACAGUGAACUAAGAUUGUAUAAAGCAACCUUAUUUCAACAUUUCCUAGUUUUACAGUGUUCUUCUUCACAGUACCACUUAAGGUUACUCAAUUCAUAGGAAAACAAGCCACUGAGAAAAAAAUUCCAGUGACAAUUGUCACUCUCAUGAUUCGUAAAUAUAGAGAAAUCCUCCUAUUCUACAGCAGAACUUCAAUCUUGAUGCUAAGUAAUUAACAGAAACUGGUCAUCCUUGCUGAAGUGGCACCAAGUAGGUUUAGCAAAAAAAUUCACAGAUAUUUUUGCCAAAGAAAGCAAAGGCAAUAUCCAAAAUUCACAGGUUCAGUUUCAGGGUUUAUAGGAGAGUAAAGUGAGGCAGACAAGAGCUCGAUCCUUCUACUCAAAAAAGCUUAACAUGUUUUUGUCCUUUCCUAAUCCCGUUUCUUUCCAACAUACUUCCUCACCACUACACUUUAUCUUCAAAGUUCCUAGCCAAAUUAUAGUCAGAGUUCAAACCCAGCACAAAAUGAUCCAAUUUUGAUACAAAACACAUACCAACUGUAUGCAAUACCAACGCACACCAACUUGUAAUUCACCCAAUCUAUGCUGCCUUGACUGCUUCAGUUGACUCCCAUACAUAACUCACCAGCUACAAGUGAGUGGGCAUCUUCCUACCAACAGACACAUAAAGAAAGAAAAACAUAUCUAGCCACUGAAGUAAUUUUUUUUUUAAAUCAUUUUAACACUUUUUAAAACAGAAGCUGAAUUCAGGUUAGUGGACAUGCCUGUGACAUCCAUGAAAGACUUCAAACUGUUUCAUUGGUAGCAAGGCAAUCUUCAUUUUCACCUUAUGGAAAUAGUCACAGAGAACUACCCGGGCUUGUGUACAAUCUAAAAUCCUCAAGAUUUAAAUACCCCAGUCCUCUCCAAGCCCAGUAUUCAAUUUUGGAAGUUUUUCCAUCAAUACUUCGGGAAGCUGAUUUGCACACCUAAGACGUAAUCCUCCCAUACUUGGGCAAAAGGUUUGGAUGUUCUAGCCUCCAGCCUUAUUAACAAUCUGAAGGACAAAGCCUCUACACAUAAUUACUGUGGAUAAUAAGAACCUCCAUCUGUGUACUCUCAGUCACUACGGAUAUGGACUUUGGUUUACAUACCCUCACAUAAACAUAAGAAAAUGUGAAGCAUAUUCUCUCUUCAUCAUUAUCCCAAAAAGUCUAAGCAGGAAGCCAGGAGGCACCUAAGAACAUUACCCUACUGGCUGGUAAAAUGAGGGAGAUGUGAUACAAGCCUUGUUUUUGCCAAACCCCUGGUACCCUAAAAGGCAGUGUAUCUGAAUAACCAAUAGCAGAAAACAAAUUACAUCCACCUGGGACAAAACUAUAACGCAGUUAAAGGCCUGAAAUUGUGCUUUGCACUUCCCGAUACUGGGUUUGUGGCAGACAUAGCAAGACAGGAAUAUUUUCUAUAAAUGCUCAGGGUCAUCUUCUGUAAACACAAGUUGUAGCAAAUUUAAUAGAGACAAAGUCAAUACAGAUUAGGAAUGUUCACCAUUCUUUAACACCAUACACAUUAUGAAUAUAUAUACCGUAUAUUUUCAAUCGACUUUAUUCUGACUCACCGUAUUAACACAAACGUAACAUUUUAUUAAUUUAUAUGAAAAAUACUUCACUAAGAAAGUAGACAAACUGCACAGAAAUAGUACAAGUGUCAUGUGCAUAGCAAUAUAGCUUAAAGCAUUCACAUAUGGCUUUGUUUAAAUGAAACUGUUGGGGGAAUGGCCCUAUACAGACCCAUGGUUACACAGUCGACAUAAUGUAAACUGCUUCACAUCUUUGAGGCACUUGCUAACAAUAGUGUUCAAUCCCUGAAAAACAAAAUCAAGAGCUAAUAAGUGAAAAUAACAGAAAUCCCAGGAUAACAACUGCGUGUAUUUGAAAAGAUUUUAAAAAUUGGUUUUAGUAGUGCAUGCACAGAACUGAAAAAUGGGGGAUGGGGUGUAAUUUCUGUGCAAGAAUUAUACCAAGUAACUGAAAAGUAUAAAAAUAUUUACAUGUUUAGAGAUUUUUAAAUAUGUACAGAACAAAAGCCCUGAAGAUUCAUUCGAUAGAAUAAAAAUAUAGCACAUAAUAUAGUAGUAAUAAAAAAUAAUAUAUCUUUUUA